CAUUCAUCUCAUCUCAUCCAUUCUUCGUCAAUGGUUUAACGUUCGUAUUUCCUCGUUCCCUAUAUUCGGAUCCUUGUUCUUGACUCGAGUCUUUGCGCAACUUUUCUUUAUUAUAUUCUUUGUUCUCUGUCUUUGAUCCGUAUCCUACUUAACACGGCCUUGAUUGGGUUCACACUUCUCCCUUCUUGUGACCUCAUGAUAUUCUAGUAGCUCGAUCUCCGCACUUGAUCUCACUCGGCUUCAUCAAGCGGCAAAAUCUGACGCAUUGGAUUUGACCUUUGAAUCAUCCCAGACUGUGUUUGGCUAUUUCGAGUUCCCUUUUCUGUUAUACUACGCGACGUCCGUUUUUGUUUCAGCUCAUUCUGGGUCUUGCUUCUGCGGCGAUUCUAGAUACUCAGUUGUGGCAAAUCGCUUUCUCAAUACCUUCUUGGCUUUACCAUUUUCUACGGUCCUAGCAAAUUGCAAUUGCAACUUUGGAUAAUUCACUUUACCGGCACUGUUGGUCAAUACUUGGAAAACACUUCAGCAAUACUCUCACGUCUCGGAUUGGCGUUGAGCAGCUCACCAACUUCAUCUACAACCACCAACUCGCAUCUAUGUGCGUAGUCGCUCUUGAUGGUUAUUAUGGCAUCUCCAACGGCAAACUCAACAGACGAUCCUCUUCACGAGCCGCCGGGUAGCAGUAAGCCUGCAAAUAAUGUUGCACAUGACGGUAGACUCAAGCUUGGUGACUUUACCAAGCUGAAUUCGAACAGCCUUACGGACUGGGCCUCCCCCAAGAAUGCAAAGUCUUUCGAUUCAACCCCGUCCCUUGGAAACUUCAAACGGCUCUUCCAGCAAAUCCGUAUCAAUGACAAUGAAUCAUCCCAACAGCAGCGAGAGCCAUUGGCUUCUUCAAAGGUACAGCCGAUCACGAUAUUGAAGCGACCUUCUGUACCGCACUCCACCAACAGUGCAGACAGUAUUCCCAGAUCCUCGGUUGGGCCUAAACAUUCCCAUGAAAAUAACCAUGAGCAAGCAUGUCUUGCCACCUCAAGGCAACCGGACCACAGCCUUGAGGUCCAUAUUGAAUCUGACGGGAUGGCAAGCGAACUCCACAAGAAGCGAACUGGAAAGGCUCUUCGAAUUAAGAAGGAGACUGUUCUGAAGGAAGACAUGUUUGAAGAAGAGGAGAAUGAACCCCUCCAAUCAACCCGGCCCAACUUCGAUCCCAUUACCGACUCAGAGGCUGGAUGCGGUUCUGACACUGAUGUGCUACCUGCCACGUCUUACUCAACUGCUGCCUCAACACCACCAAGCUCAAGCGAGUCUCCGCUUAAGCAUUUUGACGAAACCAAAAAGAGCAAGAAAAGUUCAAAUUCGGGCAAGGGCAAAUCGCAUUCCAGAGAUAGCUCUGAACCCAAUAUAGUGGUCUUGGGUGGCAUUCAAUCGGACCAUGUCAGACAUAUCAUCUCAUAUCAGCAUUUCAAGUAUGGCCCCCUUACUGAGAUUCACAGUAGCGUGCAGACCACGGUGGUCAAGCAUGAGGGCCUCAUGAGAAAGCUCGUCCAUGAGCGUGUCAUAGACUCUAUGAUCUGCAAAGAUUAUCCAACCAUCGCAGAAAAUGGAAUUCAUGUCUUUGUCGACAUGUCCAACAUCAUCAUUGGUUUCCAAAAGGCCCUAAGAGCCAAAUUUGGUUUGCCGGAGUCUUCGCGCUUUGUCCCACUCCCACAAAUGAACCUUGCUUUCUUUCACGAACUUCUCGCUCGCGAUCGAUACGCGGAAUGGCUCAACGUUGGCUGCUCUGUGCGUCCCAACCGCAACGAGCCUUCUUUUGUCCAAGAACUCAAGGAUCUUGGCUACCGCGUCGACCUUCGCAGUCGUCGUCCUGAGCAAUCUGGUGCUGAUGACCACAACACAUUCGAAGCCGGCGGCUUCCGUUAUGUCGAAGACAUGGUUGACGAAACCCUCCAAAUUAGAAUCAGCGAGUCUGUUAUGCAGUAUUUCGAGGAGCCCGGCACGCUUGUCAUCGCUACUGGUGAUGCUCGGCCGGCCAAGUAUUCGGACGGCUUCCUGACACAAGCCCAACGCGCUCUGAAAAUGGGCUGGAGCGUUGAGGUUGUUUCCUGGAAAGCCAGUCUUUCUUCUACUUGGACUACUCUUUUGAGGGACCAGAGCAUCGGCUCCCGAUUCCGCAUCAUCGAACUCGACCAGUUUCUUGACGAACUUUGGAUCUGCUAAACUCAUCCCGUCGCGCCUCCUGCUGAAAUACGCAGGGCCGCUUGAUGGGAGCCUGAUGGGUGCGUGUUUAACGAUCUUGGUCCCAGAACGGACUUUUUGAGAUAUCCCCAUCAUUUGAGGUAACUGAUCUUAAGCUUGCUAUGACUUCUGGACGAUGUGAGAUCUGAUGCCUUAUUUUCUUUUUCUUUUUACCUUCCUACGCAGAAGCAAAGAUUUUGCGUGUUCGUCUCCUCGUCUGCUGUAUUAGGUCUUUAUCCUAAUAUCGCUAGUGGUCUACAUCUAACGACCACUCUCUCCAUAUUGCGUCCCAAACCUUGUUGUUACAUUCUAUUUAACAAUAUACUUGUCAUUCAUGGCGAGCAAACUAUUUCUUAGGUUUUUUUAUGCAUUUGCCAGCCUUAGACAAGUUGGCUGAGGUCUCGAGCGGCACUGCAGCAACUGUGGAACUCGAUUCUGCUUGAUGAGGGGAAAAGCUCUUGGGCCAAUAACUGCGAUGGUACAAAGAUUCAUAUUCUGUUAUGCUUUAUGCAUUAGGAGCAAAUUAUUGGGCUAGCAAGGAGUGCAAUGGGUAUAGUCUUUCAUGAUUAACGAAGUCAUCGACGCGAGGCGGAGGAUUUGGAGGCAAUCACACUCUCUGAUUUAUUUAGGCAAUUCAGCAACGUUGUUUCUUGAGCUCGAUCGUAUUCUGAACUUGAAGUCAUGUUGCAGGGGCCAGAUAUGCUGAGAUUAAGUCACUCAUUCAUUGUUACUUCAUCAUCAAGCUAAAUUCAAGUUCAAAUUGUAUAACGGAUAUUUCAAUUCGAGUAACAAAUACAAAGUGUAAUUCUUUUCUCAUC